AUGGGUCUCAAAGCCGAGGAGAUUUUCGACACUCUACCUAUUCCUGCAGCAAAGAAGGAGUCGUACGCCGAUGUCGUCGUGGCCUUCGAAGAGUUUUUCAUCGUAAAGAAGAACGUGGUGUAUGAACGGGUUGUGUUCAACAGCCGCUCGCAACGCGAGGGUGAGCCGGCAGCGGGCUUCAUCACUGCGCUGUAUGCGUUGGUUGAAACAUGUGAUUACGGCAACCUCAAAGACGAGCUUCUCAGGGAUCGAAUCAUGGUCGGAGUUCGAGACAAAAAACUGUCCACAAAGUUGCAAAUGGAGAGCGACCUGACCUUGGAACGAGCAGUACUGCUUACCAAGCAAACUGAAACCGUCGGGCGGCAGCAAGAGAAUCUGAAACACUCCGCCAACGCGGCGCCUGCUCAAACCGUCCAUGUUGACAGACUACAAGCGAACCCACAACAGACAAAGAAGACCCAAGCCAAGGCUGUUUCAACAAAAGCUCGAUGCAACAAGUGUGGCAAACGAGGUCAUUUUGCCUCAGUAUGCAAAGCCAAGCGGCUACGGCAGGUUGUUCGGCAGCCUCAAUGCACGCAGAAUGAAGACGAAGUGUUCUUUGCUGGAGCAAUCACCACUGCUCAGAAGAAACUGCCAUGGAAAGUUUCGGUCCUUGUUAAUGAUCAGGAUGUUACUAUCCGUCUGGACACCGCUGCUGAUGUCACUGUCGUGCCAACUAACCUGCUGUGGAAACUAAAGAUAGAGUCUACCCUUGGGAAGCCAGACAUGGUCAUCCUCGGACCAGCUAGACAACGUCUGGAUGUCGUGGGAACUCUGCAUUCAACUGUUGCAUUUCAAGGUAAAAGCGUUGAGGCAAACCUCUACGUCACAAAGGGCCUGGAUGAACCACUCCUUGGGUUAGACCUUAUCGAGAGGCUCGAUAUCCUGCGCCAAGUGAACGGAGCCUACGUAGGAUCGCUACUGGAUCCAGUCAACGAGUCCUCAGAGCUGUUUCAAGGCUUGGGACAAACACUCUACGAAUGCAAAAUCCGAUUGAAAUCCGAAGUUGAGCCCAUUGCUGUGGCAUCACCACGGCGCAUACCGGCUCCUUUGUUGAAGGCUGUAGAGAAUCAGCUCCUGAAGAUGGAAAGUGAAGGCGUUAUUACCAGAGUUGAUGAACCAAGUGACUGGUACUCUCCCAUUGCAGUAGUGCCUAAGAAGAACGGGGAUGUGCACAUAUGUGUGGGCUACACAAAUCUCAACAAAUGUGUGCAACGAGAAUAUCACCCAAUUCCAAGUGUAGAACCGCUCGUCGCUACACUGGGACAAGCCAAGUGUUUUUCUCGCUUGGAUGCAUAUUCAGGGUUUUAUCAGGUCAGGCUGCAUGCAGAGUCAACUGUUCUUACCACAUUCAUCACCCCGUUUGGCCGAUUCAAGUUCAACAGACUGCCCUUCUCCUGUGCUCCAGAGCACUUCCAGAGAAUGAUUCACCAGCUGACAGGAGGACUAGAUGGCAUUGUACGCCACAUUGACGAUAUUAUAGUCUGGGGCAAAACCAGGGAGGAACACGACAACCGCCUACACGAAGUCUUGAAGAGACCAAAAGAGAAAGGGCUCACACUCAAUUGCAAAAAAAUAGAUGGGGUCACACCAGACCAGAGUAAGAUAGCUGCCAUCGUGGACAUGCCAGCACCUACAAAUGUCACUGAACUCAAGAGGUUUCUCGGAAUGGUUAACUUCAUCGCACGUUUCAUCCCAAACCUGGCAGCCAAGACUGCCCUGUUAAGCUUCGCAAGGAUGUCUCAUUUACUUGGGACUGUGCUCAACAACGUGCAUUUGAAGAAGUAA